AUGUGGAUGGGUCCCGCCUUCCUUUGCGUUCUGGCGACUAAGAAAAAGGCGUUAUUGCACAAGAAAGCUGGUAAAGCCCAACACAACAGAUUUCGACGUAUGCUUGGUUCUCCGCUCGAGAUCUACAACCAGUCUAGAUCACCCGCAGACGGGACGAGACCCGGGGCCCCAGGUCUCUGA